AGUUUGGGUGCGAACUGUUUUGCCCGCCAUCAGCGGAGUAGUGACGCAGGACUCCGUCUACGGCACGCCACUUGUGACUAAGAUCAUAGCGAGCGGACUGAGGAAACCUCGCCAUUUCGUGCAUUUUGGAUCUAACUAAUGGAGAAGUGUUAAGCAUAAGAAAUCUGUGCCUAGCAAUGGAAGUCACCAAAGAUUCACCAUCUUCUGCAUGUGAGGCAGAGCAAGCAGUAGUAACUGACACUAUGCCAAAUACUUCUAAUUCAAAAAGGAAACUAAUUACAGACACAGAAGCAGACGUAAAAAAUAGUGAUGAAAAUGAUGAUUUGUGCUCUGAGGGAGCUGGUCAUGAAACUUCACCUUCAGGUAAAAAACCUAAAUUGGAAGAGCCACCGAACAGUGUGAGUAAUGAAGCAAUACUUGAAGAAAGUAAUGAAGGUCAACUGUUGCUUGCUAUGCAUGAGGAAACAGCCUCCUGUAACAACGACCAAGAUACACAAAAUCAGAAAAAUGAAAAAGAAGCAAAUGCUUCUGAAUCUGGCAGCUUGUGCUCUUUCUGUGGAUUUAUGGCUAAGAACCCCACUGCACUAAAGAUACAUUUAAAAAGAAAGCAUUCUAAUGGCAGUUCUUCUGCAUGCACUAGUACAGCAGACACAAGUCCAGGUAGUAAAAGCCAUUUGUUGAAGGAUAAUACCAGGGCCAAAUCAACUGGAAAGCCAGCAACCUUUGAAGAAGAUGCAUCUUUUGAAAGUUGCACAGCAAUAACAAGUAAUGAGAAGCACAAGGUUAAGAAUGCAAAUGCACUGGAGGAGCAUAUCAAACAGAAUCUUCAACAAAUGAAAGUGUUUACCUGUGAUCUCUGUUGCUUUCAGUGCAUCGAUGAAGAAUCUCUUCAUUCUCAUUUCCUUGGGAAAACUCAUCUCCGUAGGCAGAAUCUUGCAGAAAAGAGAGAAAACCUUUUGAAGCAGCAAAGCAAAAAGCUUACUGAAAGACAAAUUCGUGCCAAUGCUAAAAAGAUCAGACAAAAAAAUACUCCAGUUUCUGUUGGAGGUGGAAAUGAGAAACCUCUACCCAUUGAUUUAAUACCAUCAGACACAGAUUAUAAAAAUGGCAAAGCCAUUCAAAAACGCAAAGUGGCAUCAACAUCCAAGCAGAACAAGGAACCCAGGACUGGAUACACAAAGCUAAAAAGGCAAACAGAAAUCUCUAAAGGAAUGGCACAUGUUAACAAAGCAAUGAAAAGAAACUCCUCAACAAGAGAAAUUCCUCCUCUUGCAGAUGAUAUAAUUUCAAAUCAGGAAAAUUUCAACAGAGAAAAACCAAUGGAAGAUUGUACUGGAGAAAUGUCCCCAGGUUUGAAGAAUACACUAAAAAAAGGCUUGAAAAAGAAGGAAAAAGAAACUGAGCAAAAGCAAAAGAAUCAAGUGUCAACAAUAGUCCCGGUGGAAUUGGUGCACAAGAUGGUCAGUGACACACCAUUGAACAAGAAACCAACAUGCAGUGUCGUUUCAGGUGAAUCAGUAACACUUUCUGAGGAAAAUGAGGAGGCUAAACUGCAAGCAGCAGAAAGCAGCUCACAGCCGGAUUUUUUGAAGACACAUGACAAAUGUGAGGUCAGAUCCUCCGGUCUGAAACCUGCUCUUGCCUGUAGUUAUUGUAGUAGAAAAUUUAAGAAGAAAUGGAGUCUGGAAAUUCAUGUUGAAAGCUGCCAGUCUAAGCAAAUGCCAUUUUAUUGUCAAUUGUGUCUCUUUUCUUGUUUAACAAAGAAUUACUUUGAAAAGCACUUGCACACUUUUAAGCAUAAAUGCCUGAAGGCUGUGACCUUUCGAGGCAGAUUAGGUAAAAAACCAAAAGAGAAAAGGACAUUUGACAUUCAAGUUGCUGUACCUGAGGUUCACAGGAAGCCAUCAUUAAUACGUUCACUUGCUAUAAACUUACUAAAGCGUUCAGCAAAACUUAGAACCUGGUUUCGGUGCAAAAACUGUCCAUUUAAAACAAAGUCAUCAACCAUUGUAAUGCGGCACAUUCGUCUGAAACAUGCAAAAGUGUAUACUUUCUACUGCAGAGUAUGCAGCGUUUAUAUGCUGACACAGAAGGGCAUGGACAAGCAUAUAAAAAGAAAAUGCCAUAGGCAUCAGGUUGAAAAGAGCAAUCUUGGCCUUUCAUUUGAAGAAAUAGUAGAGGAGGUAUGUGUCAAUGUUCCAAAAGUUCCAAAAACGACAUCUACUCAAAGAUUCCCUCCUUCAGCUUGUUCAUCCCUAAAAGGUAGCCCAUCUGGAAAAAACAGCACCAGGAAGAGGAAGAACAAUGUUUCUACCACAAGUAAAAGUAAAAGGGGGCGCCCUAAAGAAAAUGCUUCUACAACCUGUAGCCAUUGUGGCUUGGUUGCUUCCACUGUUACAAACCUUAGUGUUCAUAUCAGGCGCAGGCACAGCCACCAGUACAGUUUCUUUUGCAAAAUUUGCAAAUAUUAUUCUGUGACUAAAGGAGACAUGGAUCGUCAUUGUGCAACAAAGAAGCAUGCACAUCGUGCUGAAAUUGCCAAGAAGGAAAAUGAUGGUAAAGAGUUGACCAUCCAGGAUGGAUUUAUAGAACUUCUUCAUUCUGGGAUGGAAGGUAAAACAUCUGAUGCAAUGGAGAGCACAAGUAGACCAACAAAGGAUAAAACUAGUAAGGAAAUUGUAGACACAGACAAUGGCAAGCAAAAAGAAGUAGUUACAUCCCAGUUAAAGGGGGAGAUUAAAGUAGGAAUGGCACCUGGAACCAAUACAUCUCAUGACCAGAAUGUCGCUGACAAUCAAGAAAAAUCUGAUGAAGGUGAAACUGAUGAAAAUAAAAAUGAUCACAGCUUAUUAAGCCCUCCUCAAAAAAAAGCAAGAGGUGAAUUGCCCAAUUCCUGUGCACAUUGUGACUUUGUUGCUCAUUCCUGUUCUUCCCUUGAUCUUCACAUAAAACGCAAACAUACCAAAGACUUUGAAUACUUCUGUAUGGCAUGCAACUACUAUGCUGUUACACGUCGGGAAAUUUCAAGACAUGCAGCAACUGAAAAGCACAGACUUAAAAGCCUUUCAUAUCUACAAGUAGCAAAAGAUAAAGAAACCAAACCUUUUGUGGAAAAUGUGGAAUCUGAAGGUACCACUCAAGAAGGAGAGACCACUGCCACAGAUCGAGAGGACUUUACCUCAUGUUCUAGUGACUUGGACACUGAAAAAAUGGAUGUGGGUAUCCCAGAGAAUGAAUUGAAUGGUAGUAAAGAAUCUCUGAACAUGACUCCCACUAAAAAAGGUGAAACCAUUGGAGUAUUUGUGGAUACUCAACUGGAACAGGAAGGAAGAUCUGAUGAAAACACAACUAAUAGUUCAAAUAUCGAUAGUCAACCUACAACAACAGAUGCUUUGUAUAUUUCUUCAGAUGUUAUAAGUGACUCGUACUUGGUGCCAUCUAAUGGGGAUACUGGUCACAAUGAACCAGUGGUAAGAGGUGAUGAGGUGGACGGCACCCAAAAAGGAAAAAAUUCAGAUGAAGAAGUUGAUUCUCAAGAAGAGCCUACUGUGGAAAAGGCUCUUCUAGAUGCACAGCAAGAGGCAGAAACUGCCGUAAAAGACAGCAUGUGGAGGACAAAUGAAUCUGUUUCAGACAGUUCACAACAAACAAGUAAUGAUUUGCAAUUACCUGGGUCAAGGUAUAUCUACAAUGUUCAGAACAAAGAAUUAUCAAGAGCUGUCCCAUUUGAUGAUUGCAUUGUUCAGUUAAAAAACAGUUCUGACACUGAAAAUACUGAUAGUGAUAGAGGUCUGUGUGUAGAAACCAGUGCUCCUAGUGCCUUUCCAUGUGAUACUAAUUUGCAACAGGUUAAAAGAAAAAGAAAAACCGAAAAGUCUUUACAGACUGAAUCUGCACGAAUUCGUUGUGAAGAUUGUGGAUUUCUGGCUGAUGGCUUAAGUGGUCUGAAUGUACACAUUUCAAUGAAGCAUCCUUCUAAAGAGAAAUACUUCCACUGCCUGCUCUGUGGAAAAUCCUUUUACACAGAAAGCAACCUGCACCAGCAUCUCACAAGUGUUGGACACUUAAGAAAUGAACAAGCAAGCGUAGAGGAGCUACCAGAAGGAGGUGCUACUUUUAAAUGUGUGAAAUGCAAUGAUCCCUUUGAGUCUGAGCAAGAUCUUUUCAUGCACAUUAAGGAAAAGCAUGAAGAGCUCCUUCGAGAGGUGAAUAAGUACAUUUUGGAAGACACUGAACAGAUCAAUAAGGAAAGGGAAGAGAACCAAGGCAGUGUUUGCAAGUACUGCGGAAAGAUCUGCAAGAGCAGCAAUUCCAUGGCUUUUCUUGCACAUGUUCGCACUCACACAGGUUCAAAGCCUUUUAAGUGUAAACUGUGCAACUUUGCUACAGCUCAGCUGGGUGAUGCUCGCAACCAUGUUAAGCGGCACCUUGGAAUGAGGGAAUACAAGUGUCAUGUGUGUGGAUGGGCCUUUGUUAUGAAGAAACAUCUGAAUACGCACCUACUGGGCAAGCAUGGUGUUGGUACACCCAAGGAGAGAAAAUUUGAAUGCAAACUUUGUGAGCGGUCCUUCAGCGAGAAGUGGGCUUUGAACAACCACAUGAAGCUACACACUGGACAGAAGCCUUUCAAAUGCUCUUGGCCUACCUGUCACUAUUCUUUUUUAACUUUAUCUGGGAUGAAGGACCACUACAGGACACACACAGGAGAGAAGUCGUUCCUGUGUGACCUCUGUGGCUUUGCAGGUGGCACCCGCCAUGCUCUCACCAAACAUCGGAGACAACAUACAGGUGAGAAACCUUUUAAAUGUGACCUGUGCAAUUUUGCUUCAACGACACAGUCCCAUCUGACGAGGCACAAACGUGUUCACACUGGAGAGAAGCCGUACAGGUGCCCAUGGUGUGACUACAGGUCCAACUGUGCAGAAAACAUCCGCAAGCACAUCCUUCACACAGGGAAACACGAAGGAGUGAAGAUGUACAACUGCCCCAAGUGUGACUAUGGAACUAAUGCCCCAAUGGAUUUUCGCAACCACCUGAAGGAAACUCACCCAGAUAUUGAGAAUCCUGACCUUGCUUACUUACAUGCAGGUAUUGUUUCCAAAUCUUUUGAAUGCCGUCUUAAAGGUCAGGGUGCCACUUUUGUGCAGACAGAUGAUGCGUUUCUGGCAGCAAAUGAAGAACCGGUGCCCGCCAGUGAAAGAGCACCACAAGUCUCCAGAAAACGUCAGACUUCAGAAUCUGAGCCCCUUCAACAGGUCAUCAUAAUUCAAGGCCUCCCCGAGGAGUCAGCGGCAGCAACCCUUCAGACAUUGGCCAUGGCUGGUCAGGUAGCAGAAGUGGUGCACAUCACUGAAGAUGGUCAAGUGAUCACCACCAGUGGAAAUACAGCCCAUAUGAGCAACAUGAUUCCUAGCCAGAUACGUAUACCAGCAGGCACCACCCAGGUUGUGGUGGUAGAAACCCCCAUGGAAGCCAGUGAAGAUGGCCAAGAAAUGCUUCCCAGGCAGGAUGUGGCAAUUCAAGGGGCACCUUCGGCUUCAGCACUGGAUGCCCUUUUGUGUGCCGUCACAGAGAUUGGGGCGAUGAAAGAUCGAUUAGAGCAGCAGGGGGAUUCAACAGUUGGGCCGGAAGACGAGGCUACUGUAGACAGAUAUGAGACUGAGGGUUCAUUGACCAAUUCCUCCAGCAAUGCAAUGACUGAAGCCAUUCACAUUUAUCAAGAGGCACAGGAGGGAACAGAGCCCAUGGAGGUGGUGACCCAGGUUGUGCAGUCAUCAGAGGUACCAUCUCCUCAAGGGUCAGCUCCGCUUGUUUAUAAAGAUGUGGUACAAGGUGUGGUGCAGUUUGCAGUUUGUGACAUGGCUACAGCUGGCCACCUUAUGGAAGAAGGUGUAACUCGUGUAAUUGUCAACAAUGAAGGAACAGUUCACAUGGUGGCAAGAGAUGGACCCCAGUUAAUAAUGCAAGAAGAAAGUGGCAGCACAGUGACGGUACCAAGUGAAGAUGUGGACAUGGUCAGCUCAGACAGAGAGAUCUCACAGAUUAUCGUGACAGAAGAAAUCGCACGCGCCAUGGUUGAAGGAUGUGGUCAAACCUUCACGGAAGGAAGUACCCAUUACAUAGUCACAGAGCUUGGCAAUGGAGCCUUGGAAGUCAAAGGAGCCAUGUACUCCGAGCCUGGCCAAGAUCAGUGCCAAGAGGAAGGCUACACUGUAGAAGACGACGGUGGCAAUGAAACAGUUGAGUCCAACACCAUCACCACAGCAGUUGUAGAAGAGACGGUCACUGACGUCGAAGUCUUCAUGGACGGUCAGUCUCAAGAGCACAUCCCCUCUCAUGGGAGCGACGCCGUGGAGUAAAGAAAUGGAGAAGACACAUUACUGGCAGAAACAGAAGGUGGUCAGGAUCAAGUAAAAACAAAAUAAAAUGUUUCAGGGACAUUUUUGAAAUCCAUCGUAUUUUCACCAGGAUGAAAACAAUUCUUGCAUAUGAAUGAAAGGAAAAGAAAUGAAAAUAUUUUUUAUUCUUACUGUGACAAGGAAAAAUAUUUUGAGGCAAUUCAACUUCAUUAAGAAAGAUGCUACGUUUGUCCCUCAUGAAGGUAAAGUCAAGUGAAUAAUUAAAUCAUUUUGUAAAGGUGGGACACUUUCACGAAGGCGCAGCCAGAAGUGAUUUUCUUGAAAUUUCAUUAAAUGAAAAAAAAAAAACCAAGUAAGUAGCAGAAAACACCCGACUGACAUAUGCUCUCAAAUUGUUUUAUAUAUCAUCAAAUCUGCGUGUUAUUUUAUAGAGAUCUCAUGCCUGGUUUUUGGCUUUAUUUUCUAUAUUGUUUUGUUUUUCUUCAAUUCCUAAGAAUUAUGGGAAAAAGGAAGGCUGUGCAUUUUAUGUUUUCAUUAUUGUUACCAAAUUCUGAAAUAGCGGAGUAAGAUAAAUAAACAAUUUGACGAUGAUUCCACUCCCUUUUGUGUUUUCCGUGGGCCCUGCUCACGUUUUGUAAUCAUUCAUGCUUCCGUCUGUAAAUCUUAAUUAAUAGAGCACUUGUGCUGGGUUGAACAUCCACAUUCAUAACUCUUUCUUUGAAUAAAUAAAUAAAAUGAGUGA